UCCAUGGGAACUUGGCUCCACUGUUAUUGGACAUGUAUGACUUUAGUCUUGAGUUCCAAAAGCCAAGAGAACCAAGCUUGUUUUUCGAGAAUUGCAAGGAUUCAACUGACUCUUCGUUGGUCAUCUCAACCAGAGGGCAAUCAUCUAAGUUUUGGGGCCUUGACUAUUCAUCUGGAGUCUGGCAAUUCAAAGGCUAUGGUUUUGUCCCAAACUCAACCUUCGGUGCUACAAUUGUGCAGAUCCAUGGCGCGACCAAUUACACCACAACUAUCAAACUGAGGAUGUACAAUGGGGACAUGAGGUACUACAGUGGUGAUCUUGUGGAUACAGACUUGUAUGAUAAAUGGUUCAGGGUUAACUUAAUCCAUGAUGUGGAUAAAAGAAAUCUCACAGUUUUCAUUGAUGGUGUGAAAAGUUUGAAACAAAAGAUAGAGGUGCUGGAGACUUUUAUUUCAAAUGUGGUGUGUAUGCUGCACCAGCAAAUAUAAGCUAUUACAUGGAGUCAAGGUGGAGAGACAUCAAAAUAUACAAGAAGUCAUGUUAGAUAGAGCAGUGCUUGGUUUACUAAAAUGAAGGUUAGAAUAGAGUGGUCAUUAUGUUGGAAUACCCAUUCUCUUGUUUUGUUCGGUAAAAUAGUAGGGAAUGUGCGUUUUGAAUGGAAUCACCAUUCACCAAUUUUAGGAAAUGGUUAUUCGAUUAGGAGAUCAAGGAAUAGUUAUUUUAUUCUUGUUCAAAAUCAUUCCAGUAAACCAAACAAUAAUUUAAGAAGUAUCGAUCAAUGUUGCUUAGUUUUGAGUGA